AUGAAUGAUCUUCAAGUGAUCGGAGGUGCUAUAUUGUGUUUUUAUGGACAUGUGAAAUUUGGCACAUCUAUAAUCGGACAAGGUUUGGUUGAUGUUUUUACAGCUGUCGCUACAAAGAUUACAGAUGAUUUUAGUAUGUCUGAUUAUUUCAAGAAUAAAAUUGUAUCCUAUGGUACACAAUUAUUUGGUCUCGGGAUGCUAGAUCGGUUUGUUACACCACUUAUGUCAACACAAACAAUUAAUAUUAUUGGUUUUGGUGUCAAAACUGUCCAUGAAUUAGCUACAAAUGGAAUUAAUCUUGAUUUUUUGAAAAAUGCUGCCUUAGGUGCACUACAAGUAGCUGGUAUAAAUGGAGAUAGUUGGAAAUAUGCCAAAACAAUCGUGAAAAAUAUUGAUACAGCUACAGCUUUAAUAUCGGGUGAUUUCAAACAAAUAAUGAAUGUAAAAAUAGUAAAUAAUUUUUUGCAAUUAUUUGAUGGUGAGAAUGCAUUACUAAAAGGAAAAGAAAAAGAAAUUUUAAGUCGAGCACUUAAUUUCAGCGUAGAUCUUUCGAAUUUUGAUAAAAAUAAUCCAUUAUCAACUAAUGCACUUCCAAAAGCACUAGAAGAAGAAUAUACUAAACGAAACAAAGAUAUUAAUCAAUUAAUUCAUACAACAAUUGAUUUGAUCAAUUCAAGUGGACAUUUAACAACAGAUGAUGCUGUACGAGUUGUUACAGAAAUCUUUCAUGCAACAGAUCCAUCUUCUAUCUAUGAAGCAAAUAAACAUAGAUCAAAUGUAGGUGUUCGUUCUAUAGUCGAACCAUGUAUUCAACAGUGUAAACACUUUCAAGAUCAAAUAAAAUUUUUUGAAAAUCAAUUUGCAGUUCAAAAUUGUUUUGACAUGUUACGACAACAAAAUAUCUCAUAUGAAACACUUAUGACAUCCAAUGGUUCGAACUUAAUGAAAAAUAUCAUUGGACAGCAAUUGCAAUCAAAUAACAUGCAAGCAGAUAUUCUUAAGACUGUUCUUUUCAAUUCAGUUGAUAAAUUAGUAAAUCCAAUAGGUCAAACUAGAGGAAUAGAUGUGAUAAAUAGUGAUGCAGGAAAAUUAUUAAAGAAUCAUAUAGAAAUGAACAUAAUUCGACCAUAUUUGGAUAUUCAACAAGAAAAAGAUCUAAAUAAAGCAGAUCAAAAGCUGAUGAAUCAAUUCUCAACUGCAUUCGAAUAUUUACAAAGACAGAGAGUAAAUGGUCAUAGACAAUAA